AAAGCUCAGUUAACUCCGUGCAGAGAUAAUGUGGCAUUCUCAAGAAGAAAACAAUCGAGAAUGGUUAGCUUCAUCAAACUAAUUCUUAGCCUUCCUGCAUUUAUCUAGCAAUAUGUCCCUCCUCCCUUGCAGCAACUUAUAAUGGUUUAGGUUAGCUUAGUUUUUGUCCUAACUCGGCCUAGUUCCCUGACUUUUUAAAAUUCUGGGGCAGAACCUGAAAGUUCCUUGACCAAUCUUUCUCUUGGCACGAAGCCCGCAAAGAUAAUGUGCACUACGGAGCAGAAUCUCGCUAGUAUCAUGUUGCAAGGGCUUAGACUAUCAUACAAAAAAAACCCCCCGGCACUAACCGCACUCGAACCAAUUCAAGUUUCUAGCUUGUGUGGCUUGAUGGAUGUCAACCACCCAAGUCAAACACAACCGCACCCCCACAUUUACUUUUUUCUUUUCAUUUCCCUUCUCCUCGAAGAAAUUUUUUUCCAUGUCGUCCAGCAAAGCGGAGGGCGACAGCGAUAAUGAGCUCCAGUCUGUUCCUCUUCGCCCGUGCUCGUAUGUUUGGUUCCGACGACUAAUCAUUGUUUCGUAAGCUACACAGACUCUCCUCGGUUGCGCUCGAAGCAUUGAACUCGUUUCUCGUGGAGAAAGAUGAGCGACAGAGACGCUUUGCGGAUCUGAAGGCCACGCUGGAGAAGGAGUAUGAGGAGAGACAGAAGGUUAUUACCAUGGAGGAUUUCGAGGAGGAUUGGCAACAGAGUCAGGUAUGUGAGAGCCCAGGGACUCGAGGUUUGCGGUGCCGGUAUUGGGGGAGAGGGGAGGGAGGGGAGAGAGUUCUUCUUUUCUUUUCCGUUCUUCCGCGAUAUACUGCAUGGCACAUAAGUGAAUGAAACUGUUCUCAAAUUGUGCCCUACGAGUAGUUCUGGUAUGAUCCUGCCACAGCGGAGAUGCUCGCGGAGGAGAUUCUUGAUGGGGCCACAGAGGAAACGCUGGUCGGGAUCAUCUCGGCUCCAAGUGUCUUUGUGAAGAUCCAGGAAUUAAAGGUGUGUUCGUAUUUCCGGAGGGGCGGAUCUUGGGGGGGGGGUCUCUAGAUGACUCUUUAAUAUUCGUAUUAGCUAACCAUUUCAAAAUACGAAGCACAGGCAGCGGGAAGGAUAGCAGACUCCAUCAAAGUCCGGUUAUUAGAAUUCGAUAAGCGCUUUGAUUUAUUUCCGGAGUUCACACACUACGAUUUCCAAUACCCUCUUAGAUUGCCAUUAGAACUGAAGGGAAAGUUCGAUCGGAUCUUAAUUGACCCGCCUUUUCUAAGCAAUGACUGCCAGACCAAAAGUAGGUGACUUGUUGGUAUCUCCUGCAUCAUAAACCCUGGAUUAUAUAUUGGAUUAUACGAGUACCUGAGCUCCUCUGAGGCGCAAGGAUGGCGGCCGGUAGUCUAUCUGCUCGAGUAGCUCCUUGACGCACUAAGCCCAUGGACUGACAAUCCUUUCUACUUGUAGCCGCCCUCACAGCUCGUUGGUUGAUGAGACCGUGGGUUGCACCGGCAGGGGCUGCGAGCACAUCUCACGACAACGGUGGUCGCAACACUGCGGAACAGUCACCCACACGCAUAAUGAUAUGCACAGGCCGGGUGGUGAGGGAGCUGGUUGAGAAGCUUUUCCGCCCUGCUGGUGUCCGAGCGACGACGCUCGAAAUUCGACAUUCCAAAGGCUUAAGUAAUGAGUUCCUGUGCUACUCUUCCUUUGAGAGCAAGCGUAUCAAGUGGGAGCAAUGAGCGGAGAAUUCGACCCAGCGACUUUUCAAAGGGAUCCGUCAGUUUGCUUAGAAAUACCGGCAGAGUUUCUUAUCGCACAACAUCACCAUGGUAAGAUUUUUUGUUUUUGGUGCCCAGCAGGAGAGCACCGGUGGGGCACCGGCCAGGAAUUAGAUCCAAAAUCAAUCAAUCAGGGGAUAAAUAAAUGUAUGUAUGUCUCUGGAAAGAAAGGAGUCACGAAGAGGGGUGUUUUUUUCUUCUUUCCUCUCUCUUUUGGAUAUCGACUCGUCGGGUGAUUUUCCUCGUACCGGUAGUCUAUCAGAUGAUUCAGUUGGGCUACCAUACCGUUCCGUACAUCACAGUAACUCUGGAGUUUGUUUGAUUAACAAGCGUGGGGAUGGAUGGAAGGCCAAAGGAAAAGAGAAGCCCCGCGAAACCGGGGGAAAGCGGAAAAUUACUCCAUUUCUAUGGGUGGACAGGCAUUCCGGUCCCCGUUAACUCGAGUUACCCAACCACCAAUGAUGGUGGCACGCAGCGCACAUCAACAUAGGGCAAUUCCAUGAGAUGGUGGGUCCCCAGGAGUCCAAAGUCGGUAAACUCGACCCUCCAGGAGUCUUGGAUUCCAAGAUGGAGGGGUCGGAUCAGACGGAACACCUUAAAUCCGAAAGCUCCGUGAUGCCCUCAUGGAUUUACCGGUGAAGUGUUGCCAAUUCACCACUCUAUCAUAAAAUCAAGUGAGCCUCAUGAAGCCUUGCGUGGAGAAUUUAGGUUCAUCUUGGGCUUGGAAAAACAACGCAAGAGAAAGAGGUUGUUUCCCUUCCUUUUCCUUCUUUCCUCUUCUCCCCUUCCCUCAUCCCUCUCACGAGCCAUGUGUGUUUGCUUGUUUGUUUGUUAGGGAGGGAUUGCACCGGUCAUCUGGAGAGAGGGCCCACGUUGUUGUCGUUGAAGGAUGCACUUUAAGCUUGGCGCUCUCGUUUACCGGUAGCAUGACAGUGUCCUCAAUGAUAAGUUAGCAUUUUGCCUGCAUGGAGGGAGGGUAGGACUCAAGAUUGAGUCACACCUGGAGUUGUUCCUCCUCGUGGUUUAGAUUUUCGCACUGCGCUGUAUUAUCAUGGAGCGGUAUGAUAUCUCUCUAGGAUAGUCUACCGGUAUCGUACUGCCAACCUGCCAGUACGAUACCCUUUGCAACCAUCUGCGACGUCAUUCCGUCCAACGCUGUUCUUACCUCCACGGAUCACAUUUUUACCUCGUGUUCCGGGUUCACGCUUCCUUCUAAGGAAAGCCUCCUGAACCUCUCUUCCUCCUAGUGACCGGGCUCGCCGGGGACCGAGAAAUAUUAUCGCACGACAUUUUCAAUCUCUCCCCACUCCCCCC